CCUGAACAAACAGACGAAAAGGCUCAGAAGGAAAAGAGCGAGAAUUUAGCUGUGCUAUAUGCAUGCGUUUAAGCCCGGUCGACUAGCGCAGGGCAGACAUGCAGGUCCUCAUUCCUGGGACAGCCAGCUUGCGACGCUGAUGCUACGCCUGUUCUGUAACCAACACCUUCCUGUUCAUAGACCUUCGUUCACCUACACAAGAAUACCCCCCCAUUCCAAUGGUUUCCUUUCCAACCGUGCAUACCACUCUAUUGAUGGGAUGUCUAUAAACCAGAACACGUUGCUGGAUGCUUCAUCACAUGUAUCUCAGACGUCUCAGGCACCAUCCAAGCAACAACCGACCAUCACUGCUUUUCUUGCACCUCCUGGCACUGAAAGGCAUUAUAACCCACAGGAGACAAUUGCAGAUAGUUUCAAGCCGAUAGGGAAGCGCAGCGAUAAUCAUAACCAACCGGACUCAUCUGUGCAGAACAGUGCAAAAUCGGAUCCAAUCUCACCGUUUCGGUUAAUCACGGAGGCUAUCGAAACUAGAAAUGCUCAUCAGGUCUGGCACACAUACAGCCGUCUUACCAGCAGGAGAUUCGACGAUGGGAGGGCGCCUUUCACAGCUUCGACAUACUUCAAGAUACUGCAUUCUUUUCAGGCAACCAGGACAAAACAAUCGGCUAAAAGAGCUAUGAUCGUCUAUGAAGACAUGAAGAAGUAUCACCAACCUAAAAUUGCAACUCUAAACAGAAUGCUCGAUAUCUUGGUACGGCACGAAGAUGUCAACUGGGCUAUCCAGUUUUUCCAAGAGGACGUGGAGCGGUUCGGUCGCACUCUGAAUAUUUACAGUUACAAUAUCAUGAUUCGAGCACUGGCGGCAGACGGGCAGAUCUUGGCAGCAAAAAAGAUUUAUGAUGAUCUACGGACUGGUGGGCUUGGUAGUCAGCCUGAUAUUUCGACUUACUCCACACUUAUGAGCCACUACAGCAAAAAUGGUAUGCAGGAGGAAAUGGAUAAGGUCCUUGAUGAGAUGCUCCAAGAUGGAGUUAAGCCCAACAUGCAUAUUUUCAACCUGAUUGUCAAACGGUUUGUCAAGAAGAGCGAUUAUGUGGGCGCUCGGAGGGUCCUGACACUUUUGAAAGAGAAUGGCUUGAAGCCGGAUGUCAUCACCUAUUCGACUUUGAUCGAUGGCUACGCGAGGAAUGGGGAUGAAGAGGCGAUUGCGCAGAUCCAGAAGGAGAUGGCGGAGAACAGGGUCUAUGCCAAUGCUCAGACUGUCACCAAUACUAUCAAGGUUUUUGCUCGUGGAUUCCUUGACUCGGAUGUUAACGAUAUUCUUGAGGAUCUCUUGAAAUCGAUGCCUCCGCAGGAGAUGAAUGAUAUUACAUUUGGGGUCCUGAUGAACGUUUAUGGAAAGCGUAAAGAUCUGGAUGCAGCUAUGGGAGUCUACAAUCACCUCAUAGCGAAGGGCCGUGCUGUCAAUGAUGUGAUUUUAUGUUCACUUCUAGAUGGCCACGUACGUGCUGGCGAGGUUUCAACAGCGAAUAGGAUCUUCCAUGAGCAUUUCACAGCCCGUAACAUCCGACCGACGACCGCAUGGAGUUAUAGUAUUAUGAUUGUAGGCUGCUGCAAGCAGGGUAAUCUGCAGGACGCUUUGCACUAUUAUCAUGGGAUGAACAGCUCCCAUAUUGCGCCAAAUGCCAUCGUUUGCAGUCGGUUGAUCCAACUCUAUCUCCAGCACCACCAAGUAGAUAAUGCUCGACAGAUGGUACGGCUUAUGCGGAAUACAAAGUUGACUAUCUCGUUGCACACAUAUACGAUGUUGAUAAAUUAUCUUUCCAAUACCAAGGACUUCCGGGGAGCUCUCCGCUAUUACCAAGAAAUGCUCGACUCUGGAGUCCAACCGGAUGUUUACUGCUAUACGGUUUUGAUCAACAACCACAUUCGAGCUAAAAAUUAUGCGGCAUGUGACAAUACUUUUGAGCAAAUGACAAAGUCGGGGAUUCAACCAACGACAGAGGCUUUCACUUCGAUUAUCCAUGCCCAUUCAUUGCAGGGCAACGUUGAGCGGGUGAAGGGCUAUUGGAUAGCUAUGACUAACAUGGGACUUUUACCGGACCUCAAGUCCUUCACUUUGUUAAUACAGACCUAUAGUCAGCAGAUGAAUGUUGAGAUGGUGGAGUUUAUCUUCAAGGACGUUUGCCAAAAGGGGUUCAAGCUCGACAGCAUAUUGCUGACAACACUGAUUGGUCUCUACCGUAAGCUGCCGCGGUUGAAUGUGAAGAAGGUUGAUGAAAUCACGGCUAUGAUGGAGGAGUUUGAGCUAGAACCUUUGCCAGAGUUCUUCCGACAGCUUUUGGAUGCAUAUGGUGAGCAUGGUAUGCCUGAUCGUGUGAUCAGGACGUGGCGUCAACUACAGAGCCUGGACAAGCCAUUGAACUGGGGAUUGAGCACAAGUAACUUUCUGCAUUUGAUUGAAGCAUGUCGAGACCGAGGGUACAUUGACACACUCCAUUCUGUAUGGCAUAGUGCCACGAUGGGAACCAGAGCAUCUCUAAGGGCUAGAUCAGCCCAAGGGGUCCAAGGAGAUGUAGGUGACGCGUCCUUGGUAGGGCCAAAGAAUUCAGAGUUUCCACAGGUCAAUUCCUAUGUAGGGUUUGGGCACUAUGUAAGGCCAGAUCCCGAGGUGUUUACAGCGUACUUGAACGCGCUCUUGACUCACAAUCGGUUUAAUGAGAUUGAAGCGCUGUUGGAUGAGGAGUGCCAGAAAAUUGGAAUAAAUCCACGGACGGAGGAUUUUGAGCUCCUCUUUGGUGGAUUGGCACAAUAUGACUUUUUGAAGAAAGAGCUUGUAAACAUCCGGGAGAUUGUGGUUCGGAGAUGGCCCAAGACUGAAUCUAUUGUGGACAAUAUUGUUUUGAAUACGAGAAGGAUAUGAUCUGUGGUUUUUUUUUUUUUUAUUAGACAUGAA